AUUUCAAACCAGUAGGGGUCACCUCUCCCUCGGUCGGCCUGUGUUGUGUAAAAAUUUACGUGACCUCCCCUCUCACGGACCACGUGUGCCCUGCCUCUCUCUAAAUCAGCCGAAGCAACACCAAAGUAGCAACAAAGAAAACGGAGCAAGCGGCUGGAUUUUGAGCAAGAGGAGAAAAGGGAGAAGAGAGGGUCGUCCACACACACAAAGAUUUUGAGCUUGUCAUCAACACCUUCAAAUCAACCUGAAUUAGCAUUAAUUUGAAGCGCAAUGGCUAUAAGCACCCUCAUUCUGUUGUUAUGCUCCAUUUUAUCACCUAACUUAAUGAAGUCCAUGGCACAUCAGAUCAUUCGAGAUGGCGAAACUAUCACAUCAGCCGGUGAGGAGUUUGAACUCGGUUUUUUUAGCCCCAGCGGCUCUACUAAACGCUAUCUGGGUAUCUGGUACAAGAAAAUAUCUAAUGGGACGGUUAUAUGGGUCGCGAAUCGAGAUGCUCCCGUUAUGAAUACCUCAGGCAUCCUGAGGGUCAGUGACCAAGGACUUUCACUGCAAACAGGUAAUGAAAUUAUAUGGUCAGCAAAAACUUCAAUAUUAAUGAAGAAUCCUGUGGCACGUUUAUUAGGUUCGGGGAAUUUGGUUGUAAGGGAUGAUGAUCAUCAUAUGAACAACACAGAAGAUUUUUUCUGGCAGAGUUUUGAUUAUCCUGCGGAUAAUUUGCUGCCUGGCAUGAAGAUGGGAAUAGACUUGGUCACCGGCCUAGAGAGGUACCUCACGUCGUGGAAAAGUGCUAAUGACCCUUCCACAGGGAGUUUUACUGACCGGCUUGAUCCUCAUGGUUUUCCACAGUUCUUUCGGUUAAAAGAUUCUGCCAAAUGGGCGCGGACUGGACCAUGGAAUGGUCGGCAGUUCCCUGGCGCUCCCAAGAGUAAUCAAAAUGGAUUCUACACGGAAAAUUUUGUUUUCAAUGAGAAAGAAAUUUAUUAUAAGUUGGAUUCUGUCAGAGGAACUUCUGCUGAUGUACGGUUUCACUUGACUCCAAAUGGAGAAAUAAAGUUUCUCUAUUGGAACUAUCAAGAACAAAUUUGGUUAGUGUAUGUUACCAUCAUUGUCUCUAACUGUGAGCAGUAUAAAUUGUGUGGUGCUAAUGGUCUGUGUAAAGUUUCCAACUCACCAAGAUGCGAAUGUCUGACUGGUUUUAUUCCCAAAUUCCCCGAGAAGUGGAAAGAAGGAGAUUGGUCUGGUGGAUGUGUUCGUAAAAAAAAACUAGAUUGUGGAACUAAAGCAGGUUUCUUGAAAUAUACGCGUGUUAAGUUGCCAGACACAAGGUAUUCAUGGUAUGACUUGCGAAUCACCCUUGAACAAUGUCAGAGGCUGUGUCUUAAGAACUGCUCUUGUAUAGCUUAUACCAACGCAGAUAUUAGAAGUGGUAGAAGUGGAUGCCUUUUAUGGUUUAAUGAGCUAAGUGAUUCGAAAGGUUACACUGAAGAGGGGGAAGAUAUAUACGUAAAGAUGGCAUCAUCUGAAUUAGUGAAGAGUCUAAGAUCCAGAGUUAAGCGGCUUAUGUGGAUCACUUUGAUUCCCGCAGUAAUUGCUCUAACAUCCUUGUAUAUGUUAUUGUUAUGGAAGAGAAAGCAGAACAUAAAAGAAAACAUGAAGCUAAGUCCAGAAAGUGUUGCCUUGACGGAACUUGAGAGUGAAGAUAGGGAGUUGCCUUCAGUGGACUUCAAAAGAAUUGUAAAUGCCACAGAUAACUUCUCCCGGAAAAACAAGCUUGGGGAGGGCGGCUUUGGACCUGUGUACAAGGGCAUAUGGAAUGAUGGACAAGAGAUAGCUGUGAAAAGGCUAGCAAAGCAUUCUGGUCAGGGACAGGAUGAGUUCAUAAAUGAAGUUUCUUGUAUCGGAAAACUUCAGCACAGAAAUCUUGUGACACUUCUUGGUUGCUGCACAGAGAAAGGAGAAAGAAUUUUGAUAUACGAAUAUAUGGCUAAUAAAAGUUUAGAUUCAUUCAUUUUCGAUAAUGAAUUAAGAAACUCAAUGGAUUGGCUUCAACGAUCCAACAUAAUAAAUGGCAUUGCCCGAGGACUUCUCUAUCUUCAUCAAGAUUCAAAGCUCAGAAUCAUUCAUAGGGAUCUUAAAGCGAGUAAUAUUUUACUUGAUCAUGAGAUGAAUCCAAAGAUUUCGGACUUUGGCAUGGCCAGAUGUUUUAGAGGAAGUCAAACUGAAGCAUAUACAUCAAGGAUUGUCGGGACAUAUGGUUACAUGUCCCCUGAGUAUGCAAGCGAUGGACAGUUCUCUGUUAAAUCCGAUGUAUAUAGCUUUGGUGUUAUACUCAUAGAGAUAGUGAGCGGAAAGAAAAAUAGAUUAUUCGAUCAUGCUGAUCAAAGCUUAAAUCUACUUGGACAUGCAUGGAGGAGUUAUAAUGAAGACAAGCUUUUGGGACUAAUUGAUGAGGUGUUAUUGGACUCUGGCAACCAGAUGGAAUUGUUUCGAGUUAUACAAAUUGGAUUACUGUGUGUUCAAGAAGAUCCAAUAGAUAGGCCAUUUAUGUCCGAGGUGUUACUGAUGUUGAGUAGUAAGAUGCAACUACCUCGUCCCAAGAAACCUGGUUUCUUCAUGGAGAGAACGUUCCAGGACAUGGAUCACUUGUUAGAUGAUUCCAAGUUUUCAUCAUGCAAUAGGUCGGCUAUUACCUCUCUUCUACCUCGACAAUAGUGUUAAGUCUUCUAGGAACCUUGAUUACAAUUUUAAAGUUUUUGCAACUUAAAACUCCAUGACAUGGAUUGAAUGUUGUCACAACUGCAGAGAGAAUGAGCAUGAAAGCCUUGUUGAUUUUUCCUUCUU